AUGACGGAACACUUGUCUGCCGAAGAUGCGACGCGGCUUGUUGAUUUUGUGAAUGACAAGAUUCAAAGCCUCGAAGACCUCCUGAGUCUUGAUACCCUCCUCAACAGCCUCCAGGAGCAGCAAGAUCUUCAGAGACAACAGCUCCGAGAAGCAGAGGAAAUACUCAAAAGCGCUACUAAAGCUUCAAACGAACAUGCGGAGGCUGUCCGCAAAGAGGCAGAGGCGUUCAGCAAACACCAGGCCGAUAUAGAUCGUCGCUUACUCAUUGUAACGCAAUCGGAACAUAGCGAUGAGGCUGUGCGGAAAUUUGAAGAUAGCAUUGCUAGGCUGCAAAGGCUUGAUGUGUCGCAAGGAUACUUGGAGCUUCUGAACAGCAUAGACCACCUGAACAAGGAUGUGAUAAAGAAGAUGAAAACAUCUCCCCACGAUGCCUUACGAUCCUAUGCGCAGCUCCGUUCCAUCGAGAUAUCGAUAUCAUCCGGCCAGGAAAGAGUCGAAGGCGCUACACCACACCUCCUUGACUAUGUUAAGGGAGUCUCUGAAACGUUGAGGGGCUUAGUUUAUGGGGAAUAUAUUGGUAAACUACAAAAUGUGCUGGACAAAAUGAAGUGGCCUAUGAAAGAACUCCCCUCGGAGCCAUUAAUUGAUGAAUGGAUGCGCUGGUGCGAUCUGCUUCUGGAAUUUCAAGAGCCUGACCUUAUAAACGACACUGUUGAGGCCCACCUCAAGGAUUGCUCUGUGCUGCCCAUUUUACUCCCAUUGGAAGUCAUGGCGCAACCUCUAGAGCUCAGAUUUAAAUAUCAUUUCAGCGGUGACCGGCCUACAAACAGGCUGGAUAAGGCCUUCAGUCACUUAAUUCAUGAGCUUAUGAAUUUCGAUAAUGAGCUUAAACUCUCGUGGUCUUACCCGUCGAACCCAGCCCAAGAAAGCGCAUGGAAAGGCCUGACAUGGGAAAUAUUAGUGAAGGAGAACUGGUUUUCUGAAUGGCUUCAGGUGGAAAAGAAUUUCGCAUUGGCCAGGUAUCAGAAUAUCAUUGAUGCUGAGGAUGGGGGAGAAAUUGACUACGAUGGGGUAGCACCAACGGCAACUAAGCCAACGAAAGCCGCCCUCCGGGUUAAUGACCUCUUGGAAAACAUCACAGAACUUUACCGGCCGUUAUCAUCUUUCAGCCAAAAGCUCCGAUUCCUGAUUGAUAUCCAAAUAACUAUUUUCGACCUGUUUCACGAGAGGCUACAUUCUGGCCUCGAGGCUUACCUUGCUAUGACAUCCGCCAUAGGGCGCACAGUACAAGGCUCCUCGACUGGUCAGCCAAAUAUAGAAGGAGUAUCUGGUCUAGAGCGAUUGUGUAGGAUAUUUGGAAGUGCUGAAUAUCUAGAAAAAAAGAUGCAAGACUGGGGCGACGAUGUCUUCUUCCUUGAGCUCUGGUAUGAGCUACAGGACCGGGUAACGAGGCAUAGCCACACUGGAAAGCCGGUAGCUGGUGUAAUGUCCGUCUCAGAGAUCGCCGCACGUACAUCAUCUUCUGUUGCCAACAAUAACAAGGAUCACCUCGAGGAUGGAGCAGAAGGUGCCUUAUUCGACGAAACAGCCGCAGCAUAUCGCCAGCUUCGAAUGCGAUCCGAGUCAAUAAUCCAGUCAACUAUAGCAUCGAGUGUCCAAACAUCCCUUCGCCCAUAUUACCAGGUGUCAACAUGGGCCUCUUUACGCUCUUCUUCGGACGAGUCCGACUCCCCUACAACACCCUCAUUAGACCUAGUGCAGACUCUACGGCUUCUCACCGCCGACCUUUCAUUCCUCUCUCGCACGCUAGCCGUUGCCCCAAGACGCCGUGUCGCUAACCAUAUCCUCCUUGCUAUUCAGACAUACAUUUGGGAUAGUAUCCUCAUGCGGCAUUCAUUCUCUACUUUUGGCGCCGCGCAGCUUUCUACUGAUGUCGCCAAUAUUUGUGACACGGUUGACGCUGCUAUUGGCGUAAAAGCUGGCGAAACAUAUUCAGCGCGAACAAUCCAAAAGCUCCAGGACGGUUUAUUCCUCUUAGGGUUGAAGAUUAAACCUGAAAAUGCCGACUCAAGUGGCACUGGUGAUAAUACCGUGAGAAACCUAGGUCUGUGGGAAGCCGAAAAGAGGCUCUUUGCGAAUAAUGAGAGUGCAAGGAGUGUCUUGGCUGAGCUUGGUAUAAACACGUUGACAGAAGCAGAGGCAAGAUCGGUUUUGGAGAGAAGAGUUGAGGUCCGUAGUUAA